UUUUUGUAUAAAAAGCAUGUUAUUGUGCUUGUUACAAGCAUCUUCUCACCUUUCCUCACCUUAAUUAAUUAAUUAAGUUCGAUCAACAUUAUCAGAUAUGGCAUGGCUUGAGCAACUGCACCUUGUGGUGGUUGGUUUUCUUGUUCCUUUAGCCGUACUGCUUGUUUGCUCGGCGGCUACGUCCACGCGGAGGCGGAGGAAGCAGCUGCCUUUUCCACCGGGGCCGACGCCGCUGCCGAUCAUCGGCAACAUGCUGAUAAUGAACCAGCUGACGCACCGCGGGCUGGCGAAGCUGAACGAGCGGUACGGGUCGGGGCUCUGCCACCUCCGCCUCGGCGCGCGGCACGCCUUCUCGGUGUCGACGCCGGAGCUGGCGCGCGAGGUGCUGCAGGCGCAGGACGCCGUGUUCUCCAACCGGCCGGCGUCCGCCGCGGUUUCGUACCUGACGUACGGCCGCGCCGACAUGGCGUUCGCCCACUACGGCCCAUUCUGGCGCCAGGCGAGGAAGCUGUGCGUUAUGAAGCUGUUCAGCAGGAAGCGAACGGCGUCGUGGGCGUCUGUGCAAGUCGAGCUGGGCAAGGCGGUGCGGGCAGUUGCGGAGAGGGCUGACGCCGGCGCCGCAAUCAACGUUGGGGAGCUCAUGUUCAAGAUGACGAUGGGCAUCAUCUUCCGGGCGGCCUUCGGGGCACAGAGCUGCGGAGAACAGGGUGAGUUCAUCGCCAUCAUGCAAGAGUUCUCUAGGCUCUUCGGGGCCUUCAACGUAGGUGACUUCAUCUCCUCUCUCCGGUGGCUGGAUCCCAAUGGCAUCAACCGGCGUCUCAAGGCGGCACGAGGAUCGUUGGAUAAGUUUAUCGAUAGAAUUAUCGACGAACACAUCGCGAACCCAAAGGCGGAGGACUCGGCGGAGCGCGACAUGGUCGACGAGAUGCUUGUGUUCCUAGACGACGAGGUCGAUUCCGGCGUUGUUGGUGGAAGAACUAGGGAAGAGGAUGAAUUGUUGAAGGGUCAGUUGAGGACCUUGAGGUUGACGAGAAACAACAUUAAAGCAAUAAUCAUGGACUUGAUGUUUGGCGGCACGGAGACGGUGGCGUCGGCGAUCGAAUGGGCGAUGGCGGAGCUGAUGAAGAACCCCGACGAGAUGAGUCGAGUGCAGGAAGAGCUGACCACCGCCAUCGGCGGACUCGACAGGCAGGUCCAAGAGAGCGACCUCGAGAAGCUGCCGUACCUCAAGUGCGUGGUGAAGGAGACGCUACGGCUGCACCCGCCCAUCCCGCUGCUGCUCCACGAGACGGCGGAGGAGAGCCAGGUUGCGGGGUUCUCGGUGCCGGCGGAGUCUCGGGUGAUGGUCAACGUGUGGGCCAUCGGGCGGGAUAGGUCGGUGUGGAAGGAUGCUGGGGAGUUCCGACCGGGGCGGUUCGCCCCAGGCAGCGAGGCGGCGGCGGUUGACUUCAAGGGGAACUUCUUCGAGUUCCUUCCCUUCGGGUCGGGGCGGCGGGCGUGCCCUGGGAUGUAUCUGGGGUUGCACGCGCUGGAGCUGGCGGUGGCGCAGAUGGCGCACUGCUUCACUUGGGUGCUGCCUGGUGGGAUGAAACCCAGCGAGUUGGACAUGGGCGACGUCUUCGGGCUGACCGCACCCAGGGCAGUGCGGCUGGUGGCCGUCCCCACCCACCGCGUCACCUGCCCAUUUUAUUGAUUUAUAGUCAUCCGACUCAUCCCCACAAUGUGAAGCCGGGCAGGGAAGGGCAGGGCACCUUUCUGGUCGUCCUUGGGUUACGUCCCAGUUUAUAUUUCUGUCGUCGUCUCCGAAUGUGUGUGCGCGAGUGCAUGAGUCUGUAUUUGUGUCGUCGUGCCUACGAGUAGAUGCGUGCCUGCGUACAUGCGUGAAUAAAUUAUAUAUAUAUACACAUAAUAUUUUCCAUGUAAAAGCUAUUAUAGCAAGGUAAAAUGUAACCUU